UUCAGUUGUAAUCGUUUCGAAAUUGACUGUAGCCAUAGUCGAUUUGUACAGCAACUGCAAAAUGUUUGAGCUUAAUUGGAUUGCAUUUGGCUUGGUGUUGUUAAUACCUGCUCUCAAAACAACCAGCUUUAUAUGGGAAGAGAAUAACGAUCCGUCUUUAUUUGAGGCUGACAUUAGGCUGUUGUCUCAACAAAGAUUCGCUCUGGAAACAACUGGCGACAUUGAUGCCCCUAUUGGUGUAAAGAGAGGAAUCACCAAUGAAGAGGAAAGAUUAUGGCCUGGAGGAAUUGUUCCUUAUAACAUCACGGAAGAUUUGCUUGACAAUACGGAAGCAAUGAUAGGUAUCCACAACGCCUUCAAAGAAUGGGAAAGUCAGAGCUGUCUGACGUUCAUCCCAAGAACAACCGAGCCAGAUUACAUCGAGUUCUUUGGGGCUGGUGGAGGAUGUUGGUCGUACGUUGGUCGUGUUGGCGGAAUGCAACAAAUCUCUCUGGGAGAAGGAUGCUAUGGAGUUGGAACCAUCGCUCAUGAGAUAGGUCAUGCAGUUGGUUUUUGGCAUGAACAGAGCAGACCAGAUCGAGAUGAGCACGUGGAAAUUCUCUGGCAUAAUAUUCCAGAUAACAGGAAACACAACUUCAACAAGUAUAACCGUUCCCAAAUUGACUCUCUUGGUUCAGAGUACGACUACAUGUCAGUUAUGCAUUAUUCAUCGACUGCAUUCGGAGGCGGAAAUAUAACAAUUGUCCCAAAAGAUCCGUCUGUCAUUCAACUUGGCCAGCGAAAGGGCUUGAGCCCGCUUGAUGUACAGCAAGCAGAUUUAUUAUAUAAAUGCAAUGGCCAAACGACAAUAGUUACCCCACCACCGCCAUCACGCCCACCGCCUCCAUCAGGGCCGUACGACUGCACGUUUGAAAAUGGAACGUGUGGUUAUCGUAAUGAGAAGAAAUGCGAAGAAUUGGACACAUUUGACUGGACACUGAGAAUAGCUGGGACGCCGAGUGGAAAGACUGGACCUGAAGCUGAUCAUACCACAGGACAUUUUGGUCACUUUUUUUACAUCGAAGCUUCUUCUCCUCGUCAACCUGACGAUAAUGCAUUGCUAGAAAGCCCCGAAUAUCCAGCAACAGACAAUAAUCAGUGUUUUGCCUUCUACUAUCACAUGCUUGGAAAACAUAUUGGCGAAUUGAAUGUCUACACAAAACAAGGCUUUACUAACAAUCUUGUUUGGAGCAAGAAUGAAACGCAGGGAGAUAUCUGGCAUCAAGGGAAAAUACAACUGCCCGUCAUGCCGAAGGCCUUCAAGGUUGUAUUUGAAGGUGUCCGCGGUGAUGGUUACCAAGGUGAUAUUGCCAUUGAUGACGUACACUUUCUUCCAGGAAACUGUCCUGAAACCAUUUAGGACUAUAUGCAUGUGUUUGAAGAAUACAGUAAUUACCAACUGAGGCUAAUGAUGUGUAUCUUGUGUUUAUUGCAUAUUCAUAGUAAUAAAUUUCAGG